GCCAUCUAUAGGUUUCCCGAUCAAGUUUGGCACGUGGAACUCCUCCCCCUUCGUAGGCAGCUCUACAUCCUGUGUGCCGGAAACGGCAUUUACUGUGUAUCCCUGGACCAGCAGAGCAGGUUAAUGAAGCAGACUGAUGGCGAUGACAAAGAGGACGCUUGCCCUUCCAGCGUCUUCCCCGUAGACGCCGAUGCCUGCAUCGUCCCAGACGUCACGCUGUGCACCUUCACGCUGCUGAACGACGUUCUCGUCACCCUCUCCCAGGCUCAGGGCCAGUGGUGGAUGAAACUCCACGUGCUCCUGGACCCCGAUCAGGAGAGCCAGCCAUGUCGGCAGAUCAGCCAAGUGGGGUUCUCCACCUGCGACCAAACCGGAGACGACGGGGACGCGCUGUCCUCGCACUUCCUUCCUGUCUUGUGCUGUGCGUCCGCACCAGGCACAGCCGGGCCCGGGGAGGGUCUGUGGUGCUCGGGGGGGUUCACGCUGGAGGAGCCCCUCUUCAGCCUGCUCUUUGGCAUAGACGCUGCCAUGCUCGACUCUCCCAUGAUUCUCUGUGGUUUCCCGGACGGGCAGCUGUGCUGCGUGCCGCUGAAGGCCCUCAAUUCUUCUGAAGCCGUUGACGCCUGCAGUGAGGUUGCAGGCCAGGUUCCGCCUGUGAAGAUCCUUCACCAUUUGGAAGAACCUGUUGUCUUCAUUGGAGCCUUGAGAACAGAACACAAAGCCCCUGACGAUCCCGAUGACCAGCAGCUGUUUGGAGACUCAGGCUGCGACUGCGUUGUGGUGGUCGGGCACUACGGCAAGAUGGUGGCCAUGAAGGCAGAGCGGGGAGAAGAGGCCAAGGUCCCAGAGGUCAGGGAGUACUACCUGCAAGGGCCCAUCCUGUGCGCCGCCUGUGGUGGCGGCAGCCGGAUGUAUUACAGCACGCAUUCAGACAUCUCCGCAGUCGACCUGGAUUGGGUCAGCAACGCUUCUGACCCCGAGAGCAUAGAUAACACUGCAUACGUCCUGCCUCCCGUUCUGUCUCCAGCCAGUUUAAGUAUCUGUAGCGUUGUGGCGCUUUCCUUGUCUUCUCGGGCCUCAGAAGGUGACUCGGAGCUGCUGGCUCUCUCUGCUAAAGGCCGACUGAUGAGCUGUGACUUAUGCAGUCCUGAUGACGCUCAUCCCAUCAGGCUGACCCCAGAAAAAGCUGGCCAAAGGAUAAAGGAACUGCUGUCUGGGAUAGGCAACGUCUCGGAGAGAGUUUCUUUCCUGAAAAAGGCCGUGGACCAGAAGAACCGAGCGCUGACGAGCCUGAACCAGGUGAUGAAUGUGAGUGCUGCCUUACUGUCCAACCAAGAUGGCCGGAAGCCCGUCACUUGCACUGUUACCGCCAGCUGGAGCCGCCUGCUGCUUCGAGAUACCUGGGCCAUCUCCUGCAUGUUGGAGAACUCGAGUGAAUGCAGCCUGGAGCAAGGCUGGACCCUCUGCGUUCAGCUGUUCACGAGCUCCUGUGCCUUCGACGAAGACUCUGUUGAUUCGGCCACCACGUUCACCUUCCCAAUCGACCAGCUCCUCCCUGGGAGCAAGAGGGAGGUGACGCUGCCGCUUGGCUCCGCCGAAGGCACCAAGUUGGAGCUGCCUCUGACCGUCUCCUGUGCCCUCUUCUACAGCCUGCGAGAGAUUCUGGACAGUGCGUCGGACUCCUAUGAGUCCCUGGACGACCUGCUUCCUGAUGGCUCUCCUGGCCUUUCCCCAGACAAAGAAGGGAUCUGCCUGCCCCUGAGCAAAUGCACCAUCGACAUCUUGCAGUGCCUUCGUCUGGAUGACAGCACAGUGCCUGGAGCCCCUCCUUCCAUCGCCACCCUGUCAGACCCAGUGGAGACCUUCCUGAAAGUAUCCAGGGUGCAGUCUGACCCCAGCAGCGUGGAAGUCAGCGACCAGCUGCUUCCCAAGGCACCGGACGCCCUAGGAGAUGAGUAUCUACCCCCAUCAGUGGCUUCUAUCAAGGUGUCAUCGGAGCUGCUGAAAAAUGCAUUGAAGAGCUUCUGUGAAG